CUAUUAAUAGUUUAGCUCGACACACGUAGGUAACGGCUAUUUGUAAGCCCCUUUUUCUUGACCUUUUGCCGCCUAAUUAGAGGCGCAUUGUUUUCCGAUCCUCCCCAUUCCUCCGUGAUUCUCUCAAAUGGUCAUUCGCCUGGACACGCGCACGUCACGUUUUUAAACUGACCCGCAAAUCUGUUGAAAUUCAGUUUCAACUGAUAGCUACACAAAACAAUGAAUGGCAAAUCACUCGACAAGGGGGCGACGCGACUAGUUAAUCAGUAAUCGCCGCUCGUUGGGCUCGUCAAGAUGUCGUCGCAAACUGAAAUCAAUUACUAUGAGCAAGUGCUCAACAUACGACAAGUAGUCGACGAGGCACAUUUAGAGGAUUGCGACGAGGCGCUCAAUAUAUGCGAUCUGUCGAGCGUGGAGCGCAAAUUCCAUUUGUGGCAACAGCAUCUGCCACGCAUCAAGCCUUAUUAUGCGGUCAAGUGCAACGAUAACCCCAUUAUCGUACAAACUCUGGCUACACUGGGAGCUGGCUUUGAUUGCGCCUCCAAAAAUGAGCUUAAGCUGGUGCUGAACUGUAACGUCGAACCAGAGCGCAUCAUAUUUGCUAAUCCUUGUCGCCCGGUCAGUCAUCUGGAUUAUGCUCGAGAACAGCACGUGCUCAAGGGCACGGUUGAUAACGAAUUUGAGGUUUACAAGCUGCACAAGCACUAUCCCAAUUCAAACCUGAUUGUACGUUUCAAGUGCGAGGCAAAGGCCGCUCAGUGCCCGCUGGGAGAUAAAUUCGGUUGCGAUGCGGACAUUGAUGCCUCAGCAUUAAUGCUGCUCGCCAAGGCGCUGGACUUGUCUGUGACUGGCACCAGCUUCCACGUGGGCUCCGGCUGCAGCGAAUACGAGGCCUAUGAGCGUGCUAUCAAGAAGGCGAAGAACAUUUUUAAGUUUGGUGAGCUGCUCGGUUACGAUCUAAAGCUACUUGAUAUUGGUGGGGGAUUCCCCGGAAGCGAUGACGAACAGUUUGGCAAGAUUGCUGGCAUUGUGAACAAGGCAGUCGAGAAACACUUUCCUGAUGAACGCAUCGAGAUUAUUGCAGAGCCCGGACGAUUCUUUGUGGCAGCUGCUUAUACUCUCGUCUGCAAGAUUCAUGCCAAGCGGGAGGUGCGCAAUGCGGCAGGAAAACUGGACACGGUUAUGUACUAUCUGAACGAUGGCGUCUAUGGCUCCUUUAAUUGUAUUCUCUAUGAUCAUCAGGUCGUCACGGCAGAGCAUUAUUUGGAUGAUGCCGAGAAUUUGCCUACGUUCAAGAGCCUAAUUUGGGGUCCUAGCUGUGAUGCGUUGGAUAAGAUUUCUGAAGAUCUGCGUUUGCCCAACCUAAAUCGGGGCGAUUUAAUUGGCUUUCCAAAUAUGGGCGCUUACACAGUGCCCAUUGCCAGCGCCUUUAAUGGUUUCCCAUUGCCCAAGACGCUAUACUUUAAAGCCAUCUGACUAAAUAAAGAAAGCGAGUUUUGUGUUAGUAA